AUGGAACAGCAUUGUGCUCAACUAGCUGAUGGCGGUCGCCUGAUCGUUCUUGAUUCAAAGUCAAAGUUGGACGCUUUGAAAACAUAUGUAGCCAGCAGCUCGGAGAAGCCAUCUUUCUUCGUUGGAUUACGAAAGACAGGAGAUCGACACCUCUGGUCCAAUGGAGAGGAGAUUGACCCUGCCUUUUGGUGUACCCCCAAAAAUAAGGUGCGCAAAAACGUUUGUGGUUCAGUCAAAAUAAAGGGCCACAAGCGUAUCUGCAUGGGUGCAGCUAGAUGCACCAAAGGAAAGAUGAUCUUUCAGUUUGUAGUUUGGUCUGCAGGACAGCAAGCAACACAGACAACAAGAACAACACAGGACACCAAGCACAACAGAGGACAACAAGCACAACACAGGACACCACAGGACACCAAGCACAACAACACAGGACACCAAGCACAACAGAGGACAGCAAGCACAACACAGACAACAAGCACAACACAGGACAAUAAGCACAACACAGGACACCAAGCACAACACAGGACACCAAGCACAACAACACAGGACAACAAGCACAACACAGGACAACAAGCACAACACAGGACAACAAGCACAACACAGGACAACAAGCACAACACAGGACAACAAGCACAACACAGGACAACAAGCACAACACAGGACAACAAGACAACAAGCAGGACAACAAGCACAACACAAGACAACAAGCACAACACAGACAAAGCAACACAGACAGCAAGCAAGCAACACAACAAGCACAACACAGGACAGCAAGGACAGCAAGCAACACAGACAACAAGCACAACACGGACAGCAAGCAACACAGACAACAAGCACAACACAGGACAGCAAGCAACACAGACAACAAGCACAACACAGGACAGCAAGCACAACAGGACAACAAGCACAACACAGACAGACAGCAACAAGCACAACACAGACAGCAACACAACACGGAACAGACAACAAGCACAGACACAGACAACAAGCACAACACAGACAACAAGCACAACACAGAUAAAGGCAGAAGUCUGUUGGUCCAGUGUUGCUAGGGCGCACCUCAGUUUGUUUCUGAGCAUCCUGGAG